UCACAGCUGGCCAGAACUUCCGCCGAGUGUUUGUCGUCGUGUAUUCUGUCGUUCUCUUCGCGACAACCAGUCAACCUCCUUGUGAUACGGGGCAUUUCUCUUGUUUGCUUGCUCGGCUCACCAUGCGCUUCGCCGCUCUCGUCAUAGGCCUGCUGGCCACCUUUGUUUCCUCGGUGGCCGCCACCGCGUUGACUUACCGACUCGAGGCCAACGAGAAGGCCUGUUUCUAUAGCUAUGUCGACCAGAAGAACGUCAAAGUUGCUUUCUACUUUGCGGUUCAAUCCGGCGGUUCCUUCGAUGUCGACUACUCCGUGAUCGGGCCCGGCGACAAGGUGAUCUUGGAUGGUACCAAAGAGCGCCAGGGUGACUUUGUUUUCACGGCCCAGAGUAUCGGCGAGUACCGGUUCUGUUUCAACAACGAGAUGUCGACAUUCGCGGAGAAGAUGGUUGAUUUCGAGAUUGCGGUCGAAAACGAGGAGCGCGCCCAACUCCCCUCCCGACAAGGCGCCAGCCCCGAACAGGCUUCGGCGCUGGAGGAGUCGAUCUUCAAACUCUCGGCCCAGCUGUCGACCAUCUCGCGCAACCAGAAAUAUUUCCGCACGCGCGAGAAUCGGAAUUUCAGCACGGUGCGCAGCACGGAACGCCGCAUCUUCAACUUCAGCGUGAUCGAGGGCUUGAUGAUGGUGUCGAUGGCGGCGUUGCAGGUCUUUGUGGUGCGCUUCUUCUUCCAGGGAGCUAGAAAGGGUUACGUGUGAUCUUGAUGAUGAUGUCAAAACAUAUAUUCGAUUCUUUUCGUGCCGUGGACAGCAGAUAGGAACAACAAUUCAUAUACCUUCCUUUUUUGAUGUCAGCGGCUUUUGCUUCUCCUUUUUUUUAGAUUGUAUUGUGUGGCGUUUCUCCCUUAGGUAUGGACUGGUGUCUGUAAUGCCUUUGCCCUUUCAUUUGACAGAUUCCAGGUACCGGGCUGGGGACAUAACCUUGUAUCUAACUUAAAAAAAGUUUCAAGUCCGAAUUCCGGACAUUGAAGCUUCGCCAACUAGUACUCGGGUAAGUGGACGAUCCAGGUCAUUCUUUCGUCGGUGUUUCCCUC